GGCUUUACCCAACCCUGGUGAUCUCUGGUCCCCAGCCAGCCUGGGCUGAAGGUGGGAUAGUCAGGAGCGCCAGACUCCUGGACAGAGUGGGGUCAGUUUUCCCCUUAGUCACUGUCCUCUCCCCUCCCUAAUGGCUUCCCGUCGAACUGGCUGGGGGUGAUUCGGGGGUGACUCAGGGGCAUCCUCCACACCCCUGGAUUCUCUGGAAAUGGCUCGGGGUGGCGUGUUGUAUACCCCAGCCACAAGCACCCAUGGGAGGAGGGAAAGGUUGUAGCCAACCCGGGGGUGGUGGGAGGCUUGUUUCCCGCAGUGUGGCCAAGGGGAGCAGGGGUGCUGGGGUCUGGGAAGGGUGUAGGGGUGGGAGAGCCAGAGCUGCCAGAAGCCUCUCCUCCUGCCUCUCCCCCAUCCCCAGCUGAGCCCUGCAGCCUGGCCCCAGGCCAGGAGCAGGCUCAGCAGGUCCCAGGGGUGUGGUGGCAACCAGUGGCAGAGCCAGCCUACACCAGCCAGGCUGUCGGCAGAGGCCACACAGUCCCUCAGGAACGUCAGGGCUCACGCAGCGGGAGCCCCGGAGAGGCAGUGUGGCCAUGAGCCCUGUGCUGUACUAUGCCCUGCCCGCCCUGGGCAGCUAUGUCAUGCUCUCCGUCUUCUUCCUGCGCCGGCCUCGCCUGCUGCACACGCCCUGGGCACCAGCCUUCCUGCCGCGCCUGGGAGCCCACCGGGCAGGGUCCGGGGAGCGGCUGGAGCACACCAUGGAGGCCAUGGAGAACUCCGUGGCCCAGCGAUCCGACUUUCUGGAGCUUGACUGCCGGCUGACCCGGGAUGGUGUGGUGGUGGUGUCACACGACGAGAACCUGUUUCGCCUGUCAGGCGUGAACAGGGACGUGAGCAGCCUGGACUUUGAGGAGCUGCCCCUCUGCAAAGAGGAGCUGGAGGUUUACUUCUCACCAGGCCACUUUGCACACGGGACAGACCGGCGCAUGGUGAGCCUGGAGGACGUGUUCCGGAGGUUCCCUCGGAUGCCCGUGAGUGUGGAGGUCAAAUCAGUAAACGAAGAGCUCAUUAACAAGGUAGCGGGCCUGGUGAGGCACUUUGACCGCAAUGAAAUCACCAUCUGGGCCUCAGAAAAGAGCUCAAUCAUGAAGAAGUGCAGGGCUGCCGUGAGUCCGGGUGCCUUCUCUGUUCAGCGGCCCCUCCUCCCAGGAGCUGGAGGCUCUACGGGCCGAGGCUGGACAGGUCUGGGGGGUUGUGGAGGACCUGGCCCCAAGCAGGGUCUCAAAGGGGAGGAUUUGGAGAGGAGAGGUGCUGGGGACAGUGUGAGCAAAGGCGUGCUGGUGGGAACCGGGGACAGUGUGAGCAAAGGCGUGCUGGUGGGAACUGGGCGGGGGGGAGGGGGUGCAGUUAGGCCUAAACACUGGGCCAAGAUCACAGCUUUGAUCCUGCAGGUGGUGGCGUUUCCUCUAUGUCCUGCACUAUUCCCCCUGCAACCUGAGGCUCCUCUCUGCUUUUCCAGAAGCAGACUGACCCCCUUCUCACUUCCCCUUGCCUCCCAGAACUCCGAGAUGCCGUUCGCCUUCACGAUAAGCCGAGGAUUGUGGUUGGUGCUGCUCUUUUACCUGGGGCUGCUGCCCUUCGUCCACAUCCCCGAGAGGUUUUUCAUCUGCUUCCUGCCCACCACCAUCAAUAGGACCUACUUCCCAUUUUCCUGCUCUGGGCUGAACAAGCUGGCAGCUGUGGUUUCCAAAUGGUUAAUCAUGAGGAAGAGUCUGAUCCGACACCUGGAACAGCGAGGAGUGCAGGUGAUCUUUUGGUGCCUCAACGAAGAGUCGGAUUUUGAAGCAGCCUACGGCCUGGGGGCCACCGGCGUCAUAACUGAUUACCCUACAGCACUGAGGCGCUACCUGGACACCCGCGGAGGAGCUGCCCAGGUCUCCUAAAAGCCCGGAGGCCCUCACCCUCUCCUCUAUGUCUCUUCCCCAAUAAAUAUCUUCUUUUGAGUCA